UGUGUCGACAGUCGUGCGAGAGCGAGAGCGAGAGAGAGAAAGAGAGAGAGAGAGGGAGCGAGAUCGUACAGCAACUGUGCGGGUGAGGAGGAGGAGGAGGAGGAGGAGGAAGAAGAAGGAGAAGGUGGUGGCGACGGCGAAGGCGGCAACGGUGGCGGCGGCGGCAGCAGCGGCAGCAGCAGGAGCAACAGCAGCAGCAGCAGCAGUGGUGGUGUGAGCGCGGCGAGAAGGAAAAACACGUUUCGCGGAGGAACGUCUCGUCUCGCAUCGAGAGUUCCGGUUGAGAAUACCCCGUCGUCGGUGCCGUUCGCGGCGGUGUUCGUUCCGCGCGCCGUACCGCGCAAACUUCACGUCGCGCGAAAAUUCGCGUUCGCUCGAACAACAGUGAGAAAAAAAGGCGAAAAGCGAAAAAGAAAAUAGAAACAAAAAAAAAGGAGGCUAGAACAGAAAGAAACGCGAGCGCGAGUGCCGUGAGGAAGAGGGAGUGCGUGUGCGCGCGCGAGAGAGAAAGAAAGAGGGAGUGAGAGCGAGAUAGAGAUAGAGAGAGUGCGUUGUCGUCGCGCGCGCUGCUUCACGGCGUUGCCCGAGCAGCCAGACGAGCCGAGGACGUCAGCUGUGUGUGCUGCGCCAAGGGGACGUGAGUCGUGCGCGCGCGGGUAGGAGCGAGAUCGGUGCGACGGGCGAGAGCGAGCGAGACAGUGAGAAGCCGCACACGGCGAAAUGGGAGACGAAGAAAUGGCGCUGGUGCCAGAUGUCCAGUAUGGUUUGUCGUCGCAUGGCAAUUUCGACGAGCGCAAGUCCCUGAUAUUCGUCAAGCUCACCGACUCGUCGCAACGUGCCAUCACGGAGUACCUCAAGAUUAGGAAUAAUAUCAACGAGAAACCUAAUAUACAGUUCCUAGGAAAUGAAGGGCAUCUCAGCAUUCCAUCCGUCGACGGAGUGGCCAGAUUCACCUUCAGCAUGGGCAUGGAGAGUUCCCAAGGUGGAAACUUCGAGCUUGCUCAACAGACCGAUUCUAAAAGCCUGGAGAGUCUCGGCGCUAUCCCGUACAGGAUGCGGAUACGGGCAAACGAUGACGUUUACGAGACCACUAGGCACAGAAUGGCGGUCGCUGAGGAGAAUAACAAGAACAAAUGCACGAGAGUAAUCAAGGCGAACGGUCCAGAUAUUGGACGCAAGGUGAAAGUGAAAGGAACCGGAAGGACAAUACCUCCUUCGUCAUCAUACGCAAGGCAUCGCGAAUCGACGACGAGCAUUCCAACUUCCGGCAAUAGUCAGCCCAAAGCUUCAAUCAACAAGCCGAUCGCUAAUAGUAGUAGUAAUAGUAAUAGUAGUAACCAUCUAGCGGCAGUUCGUAAUGUGGAGAAAAAAGUUGCUGACAUUAUGCGCAGGCCACUUAAGGAAAGACUUAUCCACGUUCUUGCUUUGAGGCCCUAUAAGAAGCCCGAACUAUACGAUCGCAUUAAUAAGGAGGGCUUAAGAGAUCGUGAACGACCCGUCAUGACAACGAUCCUGAAGCAAGUAGCUUAUAUGCGUGAUAAUACGUAUCACCUGAACAGGCACAUCUGGAACGAUGUGCAGGAGGAUUGGCCUUUCUACACUGAGCAAGAAAGGACAAUGCUGAGGAGGCGGAAACCUCAGAACCUUACGCCACCCGGCUCGAGUGACGGUGGUUCCAGCGGCAGCGGUCAGUCGCCCAAUUCUAUUCAUGCGGGCUCACCGCCUGCGAUCACGGCACCCCCACCCAAUUUGGCUAACAAGAGACCAGGAUACUUCCAGGGCAGCGACGGACUACCGACGAAGAAACCACGGAUAUCGCACUAUAAGAGACCCGAGCCCAUCUCCUUCAUCCCCGCCGGCGAAAGGGUAUCUAGCAGCAGCAGUUAUAGUAAUAUAAACAGUGUUAGUGCAACCGUGGGUGGCGACCGUACCGUUGAUCGUUCUGUCGGCGUUAAUAGUGGUUGUGGUAGCGGCAAUAGUGGUGGUGGUGGUGGUAGCAAUAGUAACAACGGCGGUAGCGGUUUCGACAGUUGGGAAUCGAGACAGCAAUCGCAACGUGAACGCAGCAGUAGCAGUCGCGUCGAUUACCGGACCGAAAGGACAGCAAACAGUGAUGUUCCGCGGGGUACUGGAAACAUCUACAAUGAUGCUGCCAUCGCUACGGUUUCAAGCAGUUCCACUCGAUCAUUGUGCUUGACACCGUUGUCGCCUGAUGAUAGUGAAAGGGGCAACCCCCAUAAUCCCCCAAAUUAUACUGACGGUGGUGCCGUUCUAGCUUCCUAUGGGCCUUCCGCAGGCAGCGUCUUCGAGCAUACCGAGAGGAGAGAUAGGAGCGAUAGGAGCGAUAGGAGUCGAGGUGCGAGGGAAGAGAGAAACAGAGAGAGAGACUCGAGGAAUAGGAGUACUACCGCGAGUGAUGCGGCUAUCUAUGGUGAAACCUCUAACAACGCUUCUACUUAUGUUGAUAAUGCUACCGGUGCCGCCGCGAUCUCGUCAUCCGAUGAGUUUGAAAGGUUGGGAAGCACCGGGCAAUAUCACGAUAAUCGCACGGAAUAUACACCAAUAACCAGUUUGGAACAGAAAAGGCGUUACAAAGAGGAGUUCUACAGGAACUAUCCCGAAUACUGCAGGUUACAUUCUGAAGUACUCGUAACCGCGAAUCGCUUCAGGUAUUUGUAUACAUUAUGGCAAGAACAAAAGACAUCGGGCAACAUGAUCGAAAGCCAGGAAACCCAGGAACAGAUAUAUCGCGAAUAUAAAGAGACUAAGCAGGAUCGAGUGUAUCGGCAAAUGAAGGAACGGUUUGACUAUCUGCACAAUAAGCUGGAACAUAUAAAACAACUGAUCUCAAACUACGACAGUCAGAACGCCGCCGGUAUGAUGUCUGCGAAUACCAUGGAUAAUGGUGUAGUUAGCACCACUGUGAACAAUGGCAGCAACAACAUCGGGGGUAUCGAUAAUCGGCAUUACUGACAUAAACUGAAAAGACCGCCUCUUAUUCCUCCCUUCUGCCUCGGUACUGUCAACAUUGCCGUAGAAUCUCUAUUUUCUCGGCAAGUUCUAAGGCUGAUCUUUCACAGUCCACAUGGUUCCUGUGUUCUAUCACCGAAAAGUCCCGUGACUUCAAAUGGCUCGAGGUUGCAAGAUUUCUUGUACAAUAUUUACCAGAAAGUAUCUUGCAAUGAUAAAUGUACAUCAUAUGGGAAAUAUUCUUCUUGUGAAUCCUUCCCGCGUCUCUAUUGCAAGAGUCGACGAUCGCAACGAUUUCCACGACGGCGACGACGUCGCCGACUCUCGUUCGCCGACUCUCGUCAUCACGGUAAGGUUCGCGCACAACUUCGACCAAUAUUAACACUUGCAUGGUGAUGGCUGAUGACAAUCGAGUACAUUCAAGAAAUAGGUAAACAUGAAAACUACACCUCGGAAAAUCCAUGGAGAAUUGGAGUUAAGGGCAUUCUGACGAUUAGUAAACAUAAAAAAAUAAUUAUGCGGGGGAUAUACGGAGAUUUAAAGCUGAUCCGUAACGAUUGAGGAAGACAUUGUAGAAAACCGAAGAGAAGACGUAACGGAAAAAAAAAUAGUUAAACUCUAUAAUAAGUUACUUACCGUGCGCACGUCCAAGUGUGUCGUCCACUUUAAGAGUACGUAAAUAAAAAAAAGAAAAAAAUAUAAUUGUGAGAAGAGAGGGUCCAAGAGAUAAUAAGGCUUACCGCGUGCCACGUCCGGGUUUCUUUUUAUCCACCGGAAGGAGGAAAGAAAACUGGCUCGCAGAGAUAUAAUAUAUAUAUGCAUACAUUUUAUCCAUGAGCUGGCACGAAUCUUUUGCGCGCGAUUUGUGUGCUCGUUGCAACUUGAGAAAGGGCUUGAAAGAAAAAGGUAAAACUUUCUUAUAUAUGAGAGAGAAACCGUAGUACUUCGUGAUUUUAAGAUUCUUUGUUACUUCUUCGUUCUUUUUUCCUUCGCUGAUCCGUUUUAUACCUAUGAUAGCGUAUUGAUUAUCUGAUAGGUAUGGUCGAUUGACAAUAAAAAAAAAAACGAGACUAAACAGCCUUAAAAUAUAGAAAAGAGAAGGAAAGAAAAUUGAUCGAUCGUGAAAAAUAACUUGAUAAAAUUUUGUGAAUUUUAUGUAACUUUUAAUUACUCUUAACUUUUUAAAGUAAUAAAGAUAAUUGUCAAAUUAUCUUGAUUCCAUUGCGAUUUGAAUUAGAAAAAGACGUGGCAUACAUAUUGUGCUAGAUUUUUACGAUUUUGAAUUUUCAUUAUUGAUGAUGAAUAAAGGAAGAAGCGUUAGACGUAGUGCAACAAUCCAUAAAAUUAUCCAUAAAAAAAGGAAAAUAAAAAAAAAGAUUAAUACGAAACAUAGUUUUUAUAAUAAUUGUCAAUCACCAUUAAUAAUUACGACAAUAUCGUAUGUUGUGUACAGUCUCAUAAUGAGUAAUGUAAAAAAUACUUUCGUUUAAUUAUUGUAAUUAACAAUACAUAUAGUAACUAUUAAUAUUAUUCAUAAUUAUCAUUAUUGCUAUUGUUGUUAUAUUAUUCAAACAGAUAAAAAAAAUACAAAUGAUAUCUGCGUACAUCAAGUACAUUGCGAUAGGAUUUCCAAGUCGAUUUUUUCGAUUGAAUUUAUAUAGAAAUCCACGGUGCCAAAUUUUUUAUUUAUCUAAUCUUUCGUACGCAGGAUAUCAUUGAAAAUUAUUCAUUCAAAUAUUGUGCAAAUAGUUUACAUAGUCAAUAUGUUGUCUAACGAAUUUAUUGUAUUUCACAUGUGUAUGUAUUGCAACAAACGUAAGUUUCAAAAUUUUUAUGAUACACGUAUUAGUAUCUUCUGAAUUUAUCAUUUUGUUAUUCUUUAAUUCACAUAUUCUACGAAAAUUAGCAAUUCCGAAACGCUUGAGAGUUCUUAGCGAUUGACUGAAUAUAAUCCUGUAUGUUUUAAUCGAUUAACUCCGACUACGCGACGUUACUUUCUCCGGAUAAUCCUAGUCUUUUUAUUGCUCAUUAACACAUUUUCUAUGACUGUGAAUAAUUUUCCCGAAGCCGUGGAUAAACAAAAAGAAAGCACGUGUAUCAGGUGUAUAAAUGCUUAUGAGAAGUUUGAAAAAUACAAAUGGUCUACCGAAUAUGUUAAUGACGAAUUAAUCGUAUUACCUAUAUUUCUUCCUCGCAGAAAUUUUAUCGUUACCCGCAUUCGCGACUUUUUUUUCUCUCCUACUUUGUUGUUCCUGAGCACAUUUAUAGAAUUACCGUGCGAUGUUAUUAAAUUUAAACGACUUACGAUCAGCAAUAGGACAAUCUAGAAUAUCGUUUAAGAAGUUACAUUUCUUUGUCUUUUUGAUACAUAUCACUGUUCGGUGAUGAAACACGCAAUAAUUAUGUAUUAUUACCCGAUGCUGUUAAUUGAGUUCUUCAUAGAUCCGGGACAACUGCUUGAAUAUUAAAUGAUUCCGGGUUGUUUGUCGAUUUCUCUUUGUUUUAUAACGUCUAGUUAUUUAUAAUUAAUAUAUAUAUAUAUAUAUAUAUACACACACACACAUUAUAAUGAAAAUGUUAAAAAAAUUCAUUGUUAUUGAAUGAACUUUUUAUUACAAAACA